CUUUGCGGAAGUCGGAGCAUUCGAGGCGGCGCUAAAUGAAAUUAUCAUCCGGACACAGUCGUUAUCUGAGCGGAUCUUCGGAGCGGAUCUUCUGGAUCUUCUGGCUCUUCUGAGCGGAGCUCCGUCAGCACUCCCCGGGUCUAACGUCAAUCCUUCCCCGCCUCCAGGCUCAGUUUGUCGGGGUCUUCUGUCGUCCGCCUGCCGAGGAGAUGGGGGACAAGGCGGGCACCAGAGUUUUUAAGAAGUCCAGUCCCAACUGUAAGGUGACAGUUUACCUGGGAAAGAGAGACUUCGUGGAUCAUCUGGAUCACGUGGAUCCUGUAGACGGAGUGAUCCUCGUCGACCCCGAGUAUCUGAAGGACAGGAAAGUCUUCGUCACGUUGACGUGUGCGUUUCGUUACGGACGCGAGGACCUGGACGUGCUGGGUCUGUCGUUCAGGAAGGAUCUCUACAUCUCCACCUUCCAGGCGUUUCCUCCGGUGCCUGAGGAGCGGAAACCAAACAGUCGCCUUCAGGAGCGGCUGCUGAAGAAACUGGGCCAACAUGCACACCCCUUCUACUUCACUGUUCCUCAGAACCUCCCGUGUUCUGUCACUUUACAGCCCGGCCCAGAGGACACUGGGAAGGCCUGUGGCGUGGACUUUGAGAUCAGAGCUUUCUGCGCCAAGUCGAUAGAAGAGAAGAUUCACAAGAGGAACUCCGUGCGUCUGGUCAUCAGGAAGGUUCAGUAUGCUCCAGAGAAACCAGGUCCUCAGCCGAUGGUGGAGACGACUCGCAGCUUCCUGAUGUCGGACAGGUCCCUGCACCUGGAGGCCUCUCUGGACAAGGAGCUGUAUUACCACGGCGAGCCCAUCAGCGUCAACGUUCACGUCACCAACAACUCCACCAAGACCGUCAAGAGGGUGAAGAUCUCAGUGCGUCAGUAUGCAGACAUCUGUCUGUUCAGCACGGCUCAGUACAAAUGUCCUGUGGCUCAGCAGGAGGCAGAUGACCAGGUGUCGUCCAGCUCCACCUUCUGUAAAGUUUACACUCUGACUCCCACGCUCGACAAGAACCGAGAGAAGAGAGGACUCGCUCUGGACGGGAAGCUGAAGCACGAAGACACCAACCUGGCCUCGUCCACCAUUGUGAAGGACGUCACCAACAAAGAGGUUCUGGGGAUCCUGGUGUCGUACAGAGUCAAAGUGAAGCUGGUGGUCUCACGUGGAGGAGACGUGUCUGUGGAGCUCCCCUUCAUCCUGAUGCAUCCUAAACCUGUGGAAGCUCCAGUGUCUCGUCCUCAAUCAGCUGUUCCGGAGAUGGACCCCCCCAUCGACACCAACUUGAUAGAGUUUGACACAAACAGCAUCUCCCAGGACGAUGACUUCGUCUUCGAGGACUUCGCUCGCCUGCGACUCAAAGGAGCCGUGGACGACAAAGACGAGGACUGCUAGGACUCCACCGACCCUUCACACGCUGGCUUCAACCAACCACACACACACACACACACACACACACACACACACACACUCUCUUCACGUUACAUUCCCCAUGACGGAUGAGGGCGUGUUUAGACGGAGGCCUCGCAGCCUUGCUGGUGUUCUUCCUCUCUUGCUUCUGCCAUUCAUCACGCUGCCGCCAUUUCCUGCCACCGCCUCCUCCAUCCAUCUUCUCCGUUUCCCUCUGUUGUUGCUGAAGGUUAAAAAACUCUAGAUGUUAAGCAGCUGCAGGACAGAUGUUGGCGGUCCGGAGGGGAAAUCAGCUGAUUCCUUGUUUGUAGUUCAGGACGUUCAGGUAUGGGCGGAGUCCAGAGGGCGACCACGUGAGGCAAAAGAUUAGAAACAUGAAGAACUCUGUUCACAGAAGAAGCCGCGUUUGUCUUCUUUUACUUUGAAAACCUUCUUGAAUGUCGAGCUUCUCCUGCGGCGAUGAUCAGCGUCGCGUUCAAACAGGACGAGCGGAGAAUCUGUGCUGACGCAGUUUUUCUUCACAUUUACACUGUAGACGCUUUUUGUGUUGUGGUCGCAAAAGGAGGAAACACUCAAUCACACCAGUCUUACAGACGACUGAAGUUCGAUUUCACCAGCACCCCCCCCCCGUCCAUUUGUUCCUCACUUCCUGGUUGUGGGUUCUUUUCAGUCAUUCCAGCGUCGAAGUCAUUUUAUUUCACAUUUCACCGACAGAAGUCGUCUACGUUUUUCUGACAGUUUGUAAAAACAAAGCAACAAGAAAAUAAACUGUCGUUAAACAAUCAAAUUAUUGUUUCUAGAUAAAAUCAGUUAUUGUAAAUAAUACAUAAAAUCCUCUUCCUCCAGAAAUUAAGAUAAAAUAUCUCAGAUACGAAUGCUGCCAUCUUGUGGUGAUUAUGUUAUCUACAGUCCAGUUGAGCAGGAGCGAUCGUGGGGUGGAGCCGUGGUAUCCAGAUCCCGCCCACACGUGCGCUUGACCAAUCCUGAGUCAGGCUCAUCUGUCAAUCAUCACGUCUCAGCUUGUUUUUAUAUCAUCAAAUAUCUGAUUCAAACCAAACUGAUCAUAAACUUGAACAUCUGAGAGAUAAGAACCGAAACAUCUUUAUAAACAUUUAUUGAACGUCUACUUUUAUGUUUUUAGUUUGGUCCUUGUCCCAUCUGCUAACAUGGAGGAGUUUAUGACCAAUACUGCAGCCAGACACCAGGGGGCGAUAAAGAUGAAUUGUCUUCAGUUCAUCUUUAUUAAGACAAACGUACAAGCUGUGACAUUUUUACGUUGGAGGAAAAUUUGAUUUUAUUUACAGAUGAUACAUUUAUGAUGGUUUUAUGUCUUUUCUCUUGAGCUGCUUCACACUGAGCUCCUCAGGUCUCUGGAUCUUCUCUGGAGGAUCUCACUCAGUUCCUCCUCCUCCUCCUGAGCUCCUGUAUAAAGUCUGAAUCCAGGAGCAGAGUGAACAGCAGAGGAUCCUCCACUGGUUCACUGAGUGAGUGGGGGGGCGGGGGGGGGUGCAGUGAGGAGCUUCUAACAUGGGACCCAAACAUGAAGAAACUAAAACAAAGAUCUCUGGUGAAGAAGUGAAGACUCACACGAAGAUGUGAAGAGAGUUUGUGGUGAUCAGAGCUGACGACGUGUCAGGUGAUGUAAACAUGAUCACGUGACCUCUGCAGCAGAGGUAACGGGUCACUUCCUGUGUGUGUCUGCUGCACCCGGCUGCUCCACCUCUCACCUGAACCAUGAGGAGGAUCUGCUGCUGAGUUGUUCAGCUGUGAAACACAAACUCUGGAUUCCAUCUGGAGCUCGGGUCUGAAAACAGCUUAAGAAAAAUGUAGAAAAUCCCCAGACGUCACUUCAAGUGUGAAGAAAUGAUUAAAUCCAGUUUUCUGAGGCUCAAACUUCAUCGUCUGCUCGUUUAAGGGAAACACUGAAGUUAAUUUUUGGUUUAUUUUCAUUGUCUCACUUUAAAAUCCUUAACUUGUGUUGUAGAAUUAUAAACACUCAAACUGCUUUGUGCCUUUUACACUGUUGCCAACAACAUGUCUGAUCAGCAGGUUCACUAUCUACUUGAAGUAGAACCAACGUCCUGAGGACUUAUUCACUGUCUAAUUUAAAACCUUGAUUCAAAAUGAUUUCAUAAAUUCAGAAUAAUAAACUGAAUUUAAAAGAAAUACUCAAGCAAAUUAGACAAAUAACUAUAAAAGUUUAGCCUUGUCUGAUUUUACAUUUUAAAAACUGUUCUACUAAGAAUUUUUUAUUUUCUUGGCCAAAUUAUAAAAUUGUGGAUUUAGUUAUUUUUUCUAGUUUUCUGCCAUUUUUUUCUCAAAAUAUUUUUUGAAAUAUCAAAACCUUAUUUGUAAAACAACAAAGUGUUUUCUCUCUCACAACAACACCCUGGAAAUAUUUAAUCAUAAAAUCACUUCUUUUGUUCCUUAUCAAUGUCCCCAAAUCAUCGUAUCAAUCAAAAUUUUAUCUUUUCAUUUAAUGUUAAUGCCAUGUGAGAAAAUAAUGUUUAAACAUAGUGCCAUGAAAAACUCUUCAGCCAAAAACUAAAAGAGAUUCCUUUUCAAAAUAAACCAAACGGCUGCGGUGUUUCCCUUCGACCACGUCCAGGUUCCAUCUCCUUUCUUCAGCUCUGGGUUCAAUUGAUUUCUAAUAUAGGAUCAUGAGAUCGUUUCUCUUCUGGGCUCUGAUCAGUUGUUUUCCGAUGUUCGUACGUUGCCUUUAAGUUAUUUGUUUUUAUUCAGUUCAACAUUUCAGACUUUUUCAUCUGAAAAACACUGAACUUUUGUUUCAUUCUAUUUUCACUUAUUCCGGGAAAGUAGAUGUUUUAAUUCCUAAUUCUUUGUCGCGUCUUCUACUUGAUUCAUCGAGUCGUGGAACCCCCCCCCCCCCCCGUCACUGAAGCGGCGAAUCAGAAGGGACGAAGAAGAAGCGGAGGAGCAUGUUUUUAACGUUUCAUUUGAUUAGUUUGAUUUGGAAGCAGUGCUGUGAAUUGUACGAGCUGUGAUUCUGUCUUUAUUUCGUUGUGCGUUUGUGGGGUAACUUUGCUAAGUGUGAAAAUAUUUUUGCCAAGUGCCACGCCCCCGGCCUGUGCGAUGCUUAACCAUAAUGUCUCUAAAACAGGAAGUGAUUUCUGCUGGUGGACGAACACCAGAACGACAGAAUUACGAUUAUUAUGCUUCUGAUUAUUAUUAUGGUGACUUACUAUUAUUAUCUACUGUAUCAUCAUUUACAACCAUGAUUAUUCUCAUAAUCAUUUAAGAGUCUAUUGUUUUGCCAUGUAUUUUUUAUGUUGAGAUUUUUAUUUUAGUUUUCUUUUUAUUAUUAAAGGUAAAAUGAACUAACA